AACUUAAAAGUUGCAAAACACUAUUAGAUCGAUUAAAAAUAAUGUUUUAAUUUUAUUUAUUAAAUAGAAAAUAGUCAAGAAAAAUGUUACUAAAGAGAAACUUACUAGAAUGCACAACAAUUGUAUCGUGCGCGGGAACAUUUAUCUGUGUCCUACUGAACUACAUUACGAAUAUUUCACCAAUAACAGGAAUAUGGUUUCCUCUUUACAUUAUAACGUUAUUUAUAGUAUCAUUAUGCGUAAGUUUUAAGUUUAUUCAGUGGUUGUUGCGUUUGAACAAGCCAAUAAAAUAUGAUCUUGAUGGUAUUGUGGCGGAUUAUCCUUACUUGUCGUUGCUAUCGAAACUGCUACCUCGGCCAAGGAAAGUAGUGUCUGAGAUUCAUGAGUACGAUACGAAUGAAUUGAGCGUCAUCUCGACGGUGCUGGAGAGGAAGCUGGUUUCGUCAUGGUACGUGCCAUAUAUCUCGCAAGAGAUUGGCUUCCCAUUCGCUUGCAAACAAAUGUUAGAUCAAAUGAUUGGCAAGAGCUUUCAGAUAUGCAACAAGAUAGAAACCAAAGAUGUAUUUGUAGAUAUAACAACUGUAUUGUCAAGCCACUUGAAAGAAUAUCAGAAAGCCUUGAAACGGAAGGAAAAAACUCCAGAUAGUACUGUAGAGGCACUAUACAAGAAAACUCAUCGAAUAUUUGAUGUAAAUAACAAAAUGCAACCAGCUGACCAUUGCACGAACCUCCUUCGUGUUAUUUUCAAAGAAUUAGUGCCAUGGGAACUGUGGGACACUCCGCAUUCUGAAUUACUCAUCCGCAUCCUAUCAAAGAAACUUCACACUUUCAUCGACACUACAUUAGCAGAUCCUGCUUGGUUGAACGAGAAACUACUGACAAUUUUGAAAGGAAAACAGAAAUCCGUAGUAACCGAAGAGAAAAAAGAACCAGUUAUACCAGAACCAAGUGUUAUUCAAACUAAUAAGGAACCAAUAAGUGUAGAGAAAGAAACACCAGUAGUGGUUACGAAAGCUACCGUAACAGUGCCCCAGUGUAUCCCUGAUAUUGUGAAGGAGAAGAUGGAGGUGGAAAAGAUAGAGAACAUAGUUGAAGAAGUACCGGUGACCAGUUCCGAACCCGUUGAUAUAAAGGCUUCACCGAUUUUGAGACAGCGGAGAGGUAGGCAAGGCAGGAAUGAAGUCAAGAUCUACGAUAGAAUUAUUGAAGGUAGCGUAAAAACCUGGGAGACGGACAUAGACCUGCAGUGUAUCAGCCUCGGACAGGACCUGCUAGCGAGCCUGGACGGAGAGAUCACGCUGAGCCGGCUCUGGGGACAGGACGCCGACACUGAAGGCAGCCCCAACCCACCACGGAGCAAGUCGCCACAACCACUUUGGUUUGGUGAAGAAGAAACAAUAGAAGUAGACCCUUUAGACUCGAACUCAUUUAAAGAAAGCAAGAAGGAGCAGAGUCCGAAGCCAGCAGAUGCCUUACUGAAGGACCUGCAGUCUACCGUGAGGGAAGCCAAGACCAAGAUUGGGGAUCUACAGGUGGAGCACAAAGUUGGCUUAGAUGUGCCCUGCAAGCAAAACUCCAGUGAUGAGGCAGCCGGCAUGAUGGAAGGUCUCCUGGACUUUGGUAUAGCUGGUCUGAAGAAGGGACUGCGUUUCACUGGCCUCAGCGACGAUUCGGAUAAGUCUCCCUCCCAUCACCGCGAGCGUCCCGGCGACAAGGCUUCCCCUCCGGAGUCACGCAGCAAACAUGUUGUAGAACAUAAGGACCAUGGCAAUGGGCAGAGAGAUGAGAACAACGUGCCUCCAUUGGUGAAGCAGCACCGAGUCACUUCGCAGGACAGCGUGCCGUCGCAGCCCCGUCCGGUUCCGUUACCGGAACUCCCCCUGGCGCCGGUCCCCGACUCCCCCGAGCCGGAGUACGAGGAGGCGGCCGACCUCUCCACCAGCAUCGCGAAGCUACGAUGUCUGCUGCAGCAAAGAGCUGAAACCAGCCCCAAGACGGAGGAGGUGUGGUGGGAGAGUGCGGCGGAGACCCGCGGCCGCACGCAGCGCGCCCCGCCCGCGCCCGGCGCGCACGUCGACACCGCCACGCUCGCCGAUGAGUACGAUAUGAAUAUGGAGCGCAACUCGUCCCCGGGACAGACGUCCAACAAUAUGCAGCGACUUGACAAAUUGUUCCAGCGCACAGUGACGGGAGUGUUCAACUCUAUAAAGACGGCCGUGGGCGCCGAGGACGACCAGCCCGCGCCACGCGCGCCCCGGGAAUGGACCUACGUCUGCACCGCUGUAGACCUUAACGUGUCUGGCGCGGUGGGCCGCGUGCUGGGGUCGCGGCGCGCCGCCUGGCACGUGGACGCGGCGCUGGACUCGCUGGCCCAGCUCGCGCCGCGCCGCGCGCCCCGCCCGGCCUCGCCCGACGACUUCGACGAGUGGUGCGCGUCGUGCGGCGGGGGCUGGUCGUGCGCAUGCGCGGCGGCGGCGGCGGCCGGGCUGGCGCACGCGCACGUCGCGCACAGACUCGCCACGCUGCUACUGGCUGAUUUAGCAGAAUCUCUACUGGACGCAUGGCUGGCGGACCUGGCGACCUGGCUCCGGAGGCAGGUGUUCGUGAUCUUUGAGCAACUGUCGGAGAGUGACGCUGACUUCUUCCAGGGGACCUCGCCCAGGGAACUCAAUGUAGACGAGACAUGUACUGCUUUGUUGGAGAAUACACCAGCUCUACUAUACGUGUUUGGAGAAGAGACAGUGUCUCAGGCCAUCAGACUAGUUGUGACCAGCUUUACACACAAAGAAGUUAACAUGGACGUCAUCUUCAGAGUCUUGGACCUUUUCGCCGGAAACUUCAAAAAGUCGGCCGGACUUAGGAACCCUUCGUUUGAUAGCAAUUAGUUUGUGGAGCAAGAAAUUCUGUAGAAAUCUUCUUUAAUGGGUAUCGUUCUACCUGUAUCGUCUUUCUGUUCCUUUAUGGCAGGGGUGGCCAACUUGAUCAGACAAAUAUCCACUUUUUACUAACGAAACCCUGUGCGAUCUACGACGUAAGAAAAGAAAGAAAGGAAAACCAUUUAUUCUUGCGCAAAACACACAACAUAAUUAAAAAAAAAAUAUAA